AUGCCUCACCACCCACACGACUCAACUGCCACUGGCGAAAAUGCGAAAACUAAGAGCAUGGAACGUGGAAAAGCGUGUUACAACUGCCGACGUAGGAAAAUGAGGUGUGAUGGGCUACAGCCGGUUUGUGGCCCUUGCGAGCGGGCUGAUCGUCACGACGAUUGUGAAUAUACUUAUCAUGGCGGUCGGGCAAGAGCCGAAAUUCUGCAAGAAAGCAUCAACCGUUUGGAGAGUCGCAUCCAGGAAUUAGAGCACCCACAUCUCGUCCUACCCCACAUGACGGUCAAAUUACAACAGCCAUACACAAAGGCGACAGGAGUCUCAUUUGGUAUCUCAGCCACCGCGAUUUAUUUGCACACGUUUGACUUGACUGUAGACUCUUCGCCCCUCCAAGAGCCACCGUUUGAUGUCAUCGCGAAACUUGUCGACUGUUUUCUAUCAUACGCAUCGGAAGUAGGAUUCUUCCUCAACGCAACGCGAUUCAAGGAUUCCGCCAUACUAAAUCAUCCCCUAAAUAGCUCUUCUCGACCAUGUCCCGCACUCCUUUUUUGCGUCUACCUCUGGGGAGUCCGUUUCUCGAAGAACCCCCAGCUUAUGGCCCGCGAAAGCCAACUUCUCUCUUCUGCUCUAGAAUUGACAUCUACUGCGCUGUCUGGCCUCCAUCCACAAAGAGUUAUGCACACGUUACAAGCCGAAGUGCUUCUCGCGCAUUAUUUCUUUGCCUCUGGCCGUUUUUUGGAAGGCAAAUACCACACAGCGUCAGCAAUAUCGCUUGCGCUGAGUAGCGGCUUACAUCUCAUACGAUCUAAGAAAGCCCACAACGCUUAUGGACGACUUUCUGCUCCGCGCGACAUCAUCGAAGAAGGGGAACAAAUUCACGCUUGCUGGGCUGUGAUGAUACUCGACAAGACAUGGGCUGUCGCUCUGAGCGAAGAUGCCCACCACGAUUUACAGAAUUCCAGUUGCUGUAUCGACUCCCCUUGGCCACUCGAAUGGGACGAGUACGAACAAGGUCGGAUGGAGACCAAUUCCAGAUAUGAGAACACCGUCGAUAAAUUUCUUGAUGGUUCUCCGACAUCGGAUUCUGGAACAUCGACGGUGGCUUUGCUCAGCAAGGCCGCACUGCUGCUGCAACGCUCCAACAAAUUGGCUCGUCAAGUCAGACCCGAUAUGUCCCCCACCGAGAUUGCCACCUUCCAAUCGAUAUUCUCCGCCCAUGAUGCGUUAAUCGAUUCAUUUCACUCUACACUCAUCUCCCCGCACUCUGUGCAUAACCCGACACCCGCCAAACUUCGAGCUUUGCUUCUGGUGCAUAGUUUCAUCCAUGCUGCUACUUUACAGCUCCACGCAAUCCCGCCGCUACAACACAACGGAGCAUCCCGAGCCAAACGCAGAGCCGCCUCGCAAGGUAUACUCGGUGUCGUGCUUGCAUUCCCCGCACAACUGACUGAUUACGUCAACCCUGUAAUCGGAACAAUGUGGACCGGUGCGUUCCAGGAGUUCAUAGAAGGUCCAUACGACUUGGGAGACUCCACGACUCAUGUGCGCACAUUGCUGGGAAGAGCAUUGGACGCAAUCCGGCCCUUCAAGGCCACGUGUCCGCUACUCAGCUAUCAAAUUGCUGCUAUCGAAGACGCUUGCGGGACACUUUAA